AUGGAAUCUGAGAAGAAUGAUCAAGUUUCUGAUUUAGCAGCAAGAUUCAAGCAAGCUGCUCUUGCGCUCGACAAUGAUGAAGAAACAGAAAAUCCCCUACCUGAAGAUGCAGCACUAGCAGAAGUUGAAGGAGAAUGGGAUCAUUAUCUCAUUGGUAUGAUCAUUAUGGAAGGAAAAAUAGGACACAAAGCUGUGCAGAAACAUGUGAAGUUUACAUGGUCUCAUAUCCCUGAAGGUGAAGUGAAAGUAGUGGAGAUUGAUGAUAAUAUCAUGGUAUUCAAGUUUAAGGAUGAAGAUACAAAGAAAAAUGUUUACAUAACUAGACCCUGGAGUGUGAAUGGAAAUCUAGUUAUUCUGCAUCACUACAACUCAGAAGUGAUAUACAAGGAACUUGAUUGGAACUUCCAGUAUUUUUGGCUGCAGUUAAAAAAACUCCUACCUGAGCACAUGAAUCCUAUAUCAGUAACAAAGAUAGGAAAACUGAUGGGAGAGGUUAUUGAUAUUGAACCUAAGGAUGCUAUUCCAGUUGAUAAAGAUGGUGUUAAAGUUUGUAUCUCAAUAGACAUCAACAACCCUUUGAGAAGAGGAGAUUUGGCUAAAACAGAUGUUAGGUAUACAAGAUGGAUCAAUUUUUUUUAUGAGAAGCAGCCACACAACAUAUGCCCUCAUUGCUACAUCAUUAAGCACACUCAAGGUGCUUGUAAGGAAGCAGCUGAAUUUUUUAUUAAAGCUCAUAACAAGCCAUACUAUUUUGGCAUCAAAACUGUGACUGGGAAGAAGAAGUCUGGAGAAGAAAACUCAGCUGCAAAUAUCUCUAUCAUGCAGAAACAAAGGGUAAUAAAGCACUCCCCUUUUGUCCCUACAAAGGAUGGAAUCAUGAUUGCUCCUGUGGUUAAUAGUCCAGCACAAGAUGAAGAAGACAACAACUCAACAAGAUUAGGCAAAAGACUUAGGAUCUCAGAUACUCAAGACCCCAAGGAAAAUCUGGCACCCAAUGUCCUUCUCACCUCUCAUUCUCCUGCUCAUGAUGGUAAAUCAAUGGAAACACUAGCUGCAGAUAGACUCACACACAAAGAGAAGCAACCAAAAAACACUUCUGGGGAGAACAAGAUGAAAAUCAUAUCAUGGAAUGUGUGUGGCUUUGGAAAUAAAGACACUAGAAACCAUCUUCAUAUGCUCAUCAAAUCCCAAAAUCCAGACAUAAUUUUCUUCUCAGAAACUAGAAACCAACAGAAAAGAAUGCAAUACAUGUUAGCUAGAUACAAAUACCCAAAUGUCUCUUUUUUAAACCCCAUUGGUUUAUCUGGUGGCUUGUGUCUUCUCUGGAAAGACAACAUUGAUCUGAAAGUGAUUGAUAUGAGUUUGAACAUGAUAAAUUGCAUUGUUAAGUUAGACAGUCAAAACAAUAACUCCUUGCUCACUUGUCUCUAUGGUGCCCUGAAUAAGAAUGAUAAAGAAGCACAAUGGAACCACAUUAACAAUCUAAGAGAAAAUCACAAUAACCCUUGGAUAGUUAUAGGGGACCUAAAUUUCAUUCUAGAUAGAAAUGAUAAAGAAGGAGGUAACACUCCCAGCCAAACUGAUUUAGAUGCUAAUAAUGACAUUCUAAACAUGAACAAUUUGGAUAGUAUGCAAUAUAUAGGAAACCCUUUCACUUGGACUAAUAGAAGAAAUGGUAAUGACCUUAUUCUAGAGAGACUAGAUAGAGUCCUUACUUCUUUUGAUUGGAAUGCUAUUUAUCCUAAUGUUGUCGUUUAUCACUUGAAUGUUGUUGGUAGUGACCACUGUCCCAUCAUGUUAUUAACUAGCAAAAAAAGUAGUAAUACAAAAAAAACCUUUAGGUUUAACAAAGCCUGGUUUAGAGACACUACUUGUCAUGAUCUGAUUAAGCCUGAAUGGAAAAGCAACACUAGUGGUUCUGCUGCCUAUCAACUCACUCAUUGUCUCAAAAACACUAAAGUUGGCCUUAGACACUGGAAACUCAGAUCACCAAUAUUGAAACUCAAUUAUCUAUUCUUACCUCUAGGGGAACUAAUCAUAAUAAUAGAAGGAUAG